CACACCACGCCCACCGGGGCCCGCCCAGCGGUUUGAAGUGGCUGGGACCGCAACCCCCUCCGAGUCGCGCGCGAGGCGUGAGGCGGUGCUGAGGAGCCGAGGCCGCGGGCAGCUUAGACGCCGGGACUGUCCAGCGAGCGAGCGAGCGAGAGAGCGAGCGCGGCGGGAACCCGCAGCCACAGCAGCCCUACAGCCGCAGCCGCCGUCCGCGGAGCCCAGCCCAGCCGGCCAUGGCGCUGUCGAUGCCCCUGAACGGGUUGAAGGAGGAGGACAAAGAGCCCCUCAUCGAGCUCUUCGUCAAGGCUGGCAGUGACGGGGAAAGCAUAGGAAACUGCCCCUUUUCACAGAGGCUCUUCAUGAUUCUGUGGCUCAAAGGAGUUGUGUUUAGUGUCACAACCGUUGACCUGAAAAGGAAGCCUGCAGAUCUACAGAACUUGGCUCCCGGGACCCACCCACCAUUUAUAACCUUCAACAGCGAAGUCAAAACGGAUGUAAAUAAGAUUGAGGAAUUUCUUGAAGAAGUCUUGUGCCCCCCGAAGUACUUAAAGCUUUCACCAAAACACCCGGAGUCAAACACUGCUGGAAUGGACAUCUUUGCCAAAUUCUCUGCUUACAUCAAGAACUCAAGGCCAGAAGCCAAUGAAGAGCUGUCGGUGGAGGGCAAUGAGAACCCUGGGGAAGUGGUUAAAUCGCUGCUCAUCCAGCACCUGCUCCGGUAG